AUGCACAUGAAUGAGAAGGUAGAUACUAUUGACAUACGUGGACUGCAGAUGACUAUUGUUCUUCUUGUUUUAGUUGAUGUUGUUGAUGUUCUGGAUGAUGGAGAUGAGCACAUUCACACACACUCCGCGUCGUGUGGUGUGAGCGAAGAGCAUUGCGUGUGUGUGAAUGACGGCGUCUACGCUUGUAGCAGAACCUGCGAUGGGAACAGGUGCUGCAACUCGAAACGGCUCAGGUUCGCGGCGCCAAGCGGGUCGGCUCCAACUCCCCAUAGCGAAUCGAGACGCGAUGUUGCGCCAAAUGGCGUCGUCGCACCCGAGCCACCUGUCCACCACAGAUCCGAACUAUAG